AAAGCGAAAUUUCUCUCAUCUCAUUCACCUUUUUAGAACUUUUACUAUAGCUUACACACGUUACAAUGGGUAGAGAUCACACCACCAAGCAACACGCCAGAUCUGGUCACAGAGAAGCUCCAAAGUCCGACAACGUCUACUUGAAGUUGUUGGUCAAGUUGUACUCCUUCUUGGCUCGUCGUACUGAUGCUCCAUUCAACAAGGUCAUCCUCAAGUCUUUGUUCUUGUCUAAGGUUAACAGACCACCUGUGUCUGUUUCCAGAGUCGCUAGAGCUUUAGGCCAAAAGGGUGCUUCUGACAAGACCAUUGUCGUUGUUGGUACCGUUACCGAUGACAACAGAUUGUUGGAAUUCCCAAAGGCUACCAUCGCCGCUUUGAGAUUCACUGCUGGUGCCAAGGCCACCAUCUUAAAGGCUGGUGGUGAAGCCAUCACUUUGGACCAAUUGGCUCUUAGAGCUCCAAAGGGUCAAAACACCUUGAUCGUCAGAGGUCCAAGAAACUCCAGAGAAGCUGUUAGACACUUCGGUAUGGGUCCACACAAGAACAAGGCUCCAAGAAUCCUCUCCAAGGGUAGAAAGUUCGAAAGAGCUAGAGGUAGACGGAGAUCUAGAGGUUUCAAGGUCUAA